AUGAAGGGAUUGAGUACGCUGGCCCUUGCUGCUGCGACGGGCACAGUCGUCCAUGCCAACAGCCUCGCCUGGGAAGCAUUAGAGCAGUCCCGGAACAACAGACGCGCUCUGAUUGACCGGCAGUCCAACAUCGACCCCGAGAAGCGACAGUUCUCGACCGACGGCAGAUGCGGCACCGGCUUCGACACCGUCUGCUCAAGCACCGAGUGCUGUUCCAGCGCCGGAUGGUGCGGAAACGGCUUCUUGUAUUGCUCGGCGCCGUCGUGCCAGAUCGAGUACGGCCCGGCCUGCGAUGCCAACGUCCGGCCGUCGGGGCCGGAUACCACCAACAUCGCCCGGCCAGCGCUGGGAAGGAUCCCGUACGGACAGGCCAUCUAUCACUGCGAGCAGUAUGGUGAUAUCGCGCUGACGUAUGACGACGGCCCUUACACUUAUACCGAGGAUCUGCUCGACCUCCUUGCGGAGUAUGAUGCCAAGGCUACCUUCUACAUCACCGGCCGCAACCUAGGCAAAGGAGCCAUCAACGACGCAACAACAGCCUGGCCGAAUCUGAUCAAGCGCAUGAUCACUGACGGCCAUCAAGUCGCCUCCCACACGUGGUCGCACCAGCGCCUGACAGCCCUCAGCAAGGCCAAGUUCUGGAACCAGAUGGUGUACAACGAGAUCGCCUUGGCCGACAUCCUGGGAUACUUCCCCACGUACAUGCGGCCGCCAUAUUCGGCCAGCAACGCCACGACUGACGCCUGGCUCGGCGAGCUGGGCUACCACGUCACCUACUUCAACCUCGACACCGCGGGCUACCUGCACGACAGCGCCGGCCGGAUCCAGGACUCCAAGGACAUCUGGGACGCGGCCGUCGAGGGCGCCGACACGGCGACGACCAAGUGGCUGGCCAUUGAGCACGACCCGGUGUACCAGUCGGUGUACAACCUGACCGAGCACAUGCUCAAGUCGCUGGUCGCGAACGGCUUCAACUCGGUGACGGUCGGCGAGUGCCUAAACGAUCCCAAGGCGAACUGGUACCGGCCCGUCAACUCGUCGGGCUCGACAACGGCCCAGGGAACGACGAAGACUUCGACGUCGUCCAGCACCGCAACCGGCAGCCCGCCCAUCAGCACUGACGGCCGCUGCGGCACCAACUUCGGUACGACGUGCAUCGAAGAGCCCGACGCAACGUGCUGCUCCUCGGCCGGAUGGUGUGGUUCGGAGUCGGCGUACUGCGGCACCGGCUGCCAGAGCGGAUAUGGGACUUGCGGAUCGUCAAACUGA